AUGGGCCACAAGGAUCAACGAGAUGACUUAAAAGAAGCUGUACGGAAGAGGGACGAGCAGAUUACCUGCCUGGAGGCUCGGAUAGACGCCUAUAUUGCUCGAACAUCAGAGACCCAGGCUCGCCUUCUCAAAACUAUCGACACCGUCGAUUCUCUAAAGGCUCAACAUGUAAUUGACUUGGCGGCGAAGGAAUGCGAGAAGGCAAACUUGUCCCAUGAAAUUGAACGUUGGAGAACCUUUGCAAAGGGCCUCGAAGUUGAGCGAGAUGAUCUCAAAGAAGUUGUCGAGGACUUGAUUCAGAAAGUCCAGAUGUCCAGUGAUUGGAACAUGUGGCCUUGCAGUCGCAUGGAUAUCACAAAACAUACAUAUGAACUGACUGAAAACCAUCUUAAACCUUGUGAUACAAGCUGCAGGCAUUCUGAAGUUCUCUUGGAGUAUGGUGUUUCUGUCAUAAAUAGGCUGCGCACCGAGCUUGACCACGAGCGUAAAGCACAUUACAAGGUUGUGGAAGAAGCUAACCUCCGUAUCUCUGAACUGGAGGCUAAAGUUGCCGCACGCGAGGUCGUAUUAGAAGCAUCCAUUCGACACCAUGAAAAGAGGGAGAAGUCACCGCCGGACCAUUCUCGAACUCCCGAAAGCCCAAUACCGCCUCCAAAACUAAUGACCGAUGAAGAUUGUCUCCGUGUAUUAGCGGACAGCAACACUAGAAAUAAAUCUCUUGAGAUUGAAAUACGGAGUUUGACACGAAAACUUGAGCACGCGCGGAGCUCCGCAGCUUCACCGCCUGCAUGCAUUUCAGCAGAUGCAGCCCCCGUUCUUGGCCCCUCGUCACCGUCGAGAAUUGCUUCUCUCGAUCACCAACCAGUCAUCCCAAGGAAACCUCUCACAAUUGACACCGGAACUCAUUUUACGCCAACACUGCAUGCGGUAUCCACCCUACCAACUGACUCUCGUGUAGUCACACAACCAUCAUCUCACAAUAGUCCCAUGGUUUCCUCUGAUUCCGCAUCACAUCGCUCUAUCGCGCAACUGGAUGAUCAGAUUAACUCAUAUGCCUCCAAGCUUGAUGCCCUUAAAGCGGAAAGGAGGGCACUGGUUGAGGUGGCCGUAAGGAAACGCAGAGUGUCUGAUGCAGGAGAACCUCCCGAUUUUCAACAAAUUCUAGUCAUCGAGGAGGAAUGUGUGAGGCUAGCCUCUCAAGUUUCGCAUCUGGAACAAGAACUUCAACAUAGCCGAAGUUCUGCUAAGUCCCGCGAAUAUGAGUUGCUAAAGGAAAUUGACGCCCUCAAGCUGUUAGUGCAUCAGCAGUCACCAAAUCUUUAUCACACACACGACAUUCAGCAUCUGGACGAUAUAGAUGUAGAACAAAACAUGGAGCUGGCAACACCUUUACAGCCCACCGCUAUUCGGUCAUGGAUCGAUCCUGGUUUAACAUCAUUUCCUACGGACCCUCUCCUGAUUCCGCUCCCUUUCUCACCUGAAAGAAAUUCAUCCCCCAUUAUCUCAUCCUCUCGUCCACUACCACGCCCUUCCAGCCCCCAUCCUGUGAAACUCAGGCGACUUGAAGACGGAUUGGAGGUCGCCAGGGCUCAAUUGGCCGCGAAGCAGCUGGCUCUCGAUCAGCUCAAAAACGAUAUGGAAGAACUCCAACGCUUACUACCAGAAGAGUCGCCGUAAUCUCGAAGAUAAAAUGGAUUACCGUGUACUCUUCGAGUUUGCCUUUGAUAUUGUUCUCACGCACACAUCUAAUAGGUAUUUAAUGAGCUCCAUGCCUAUCUAUUGAUAUUUCUGCCGUAUGUAUCUUGUAUCUGUAUGACCGAGUAGCACUGGUAUACUGUAUUUUACGCUAUCUCAACCUAUCAUUCACCCUCUGCUAUAUCAUAGUAUAUGCGGCCUUGCAAUCUCAGCACUGCCAGCUUGUUAUUUCACGGGAACAUAUAGCACUUCCAUGCGCAUAUUGCUCCACGGGUGAUUUCGGUCAGGUGCUCUCCUCACAAAGUCAACCUCUAGAGGAGGUGCCCCGACUCUGUGAACCUCUUCAACCUCG